AUGCAGGCUUCGGAAACGCAGGCCAGCAACGCUGGCUGCUUCUCGGCGCUGCCCGGCCUCUUGUCCCGCCGAGACUUGCCCCCCCGCCGUCUGUGGCAGCCCAGGCGGCCCGGCGCCGCAGACGCCGCCCCGGGCCGGCAGCCACGGAGCCCAUGGCCGGUCGCCGCGGGGACUCGCCACUGGGAGUGGGACCUCAGUCACGUGGACCGCGUGGCUGGAGCAGUUGCAGCGCGUGGCGACGCGGUCAUUGAGUCCGGUUAG